UUGUCUGCACCGUUUUUCAAGGUAACCACGACGACCAGGUUAUUUACUUACAGGUGUAAAAGUAAUUUAUUACCUGUUCCAAAGUUCCAUACCUAUGGUUAUAGGUGUUAUGGAUAAAUAUACUGGAAAUGUACUUUGUUUACAUAAUUAUGCAUAUAUAUCAUCAGUAAACAUGCAAUGAAUUGGAUUUUUAAUCUGUCCAGUGUCGAUGGGGAUAAUAAUUAAUAUACGUUUGUAGCAGCAAAGUAAAAUCUAGUCAGAAUGCCUGCUAGCAAGGAUCCUAAAUCAUACGUGCGGCCAGUUCCCCUGCCUAUCCCAUCAUGCAAGGGUGUCAAACUUCUGGCACGCGAUGUUAUCCAUUUCAAUCCCGAGAAUCCAUCCAGGGAGGAAGUUCGCAAGAACAAUUACUUCCGGCGGCAAGAUCAGUUGUCAAAUAUGGGUUUCCGAUCAGCCAGUCACAAACCCUACAUUGGAAUCGGGGAUCCUUUCUACCUAGAUGAACGGAAGAUGAUUCUCCAUGCUUUAGGCCAAUGGACUGAAGAGCAUGCCAGUUCAUCGAGCAGUUCAGAUGAGUCAGAUGAAGAGGAUUUAAAAAAAGACACUGCACCUAAACCUAAAUUUACAGCGGCAAAGUUUGUGUUACGGAGAUCCAGGAAAGACUUGAAUACUUUAAACAAGGCAGUUGUUCAUGGGAGACAUAUGAUCAGAAAUGUAAGCCUAGGUCAUGGACUGUUUGACUUGAUUGACAAGGAAAAACAACAUAAAAAAGAAGCUUCAGAAGAAGCCAUUAGGAGACAUAGAGAACAGUUACGCAAUGAAUUCCAGCCUCCAAAGAAUGAGAGCGAAGGCGAGACAGAUGAUGAUCUAGACAAUGAUGUGGAUUUAACUAACUAUAUGGUACCAGUGGCGCCACCUACAUUCCUAACACAGCAGCAGACAGACACAGAUGAGGAGUUGGGUAUCGUUAAUGAUAAUGGAUCAGAGUCGGACCAGAGCCCUGAACGAGAGCCCGAAAUCGUUACAUUUAGCGGAAUGGCGCUAGCAGAACAUGAGGAAGAAUACCAACGAGCACGUUCUGCCAUGGUGACGUCAGAGAUGACAUCAUAUUCACGUCCAGUCAGCAGACGGAAAAAGAAGCAGGAGACACCUAGACCUUACACUCCACAACAUACCAAUUUGUCGGCUAAUAUAUCAGUAAGAGAAUCUAUGGCUGAUAGUGACCAGGAUAUAGAUAUAACAAGAGAUGCAUUAUUUCGACAGUUAUGUGUACUUCACUGGAUAUUAGAGGCCAUGAGCAGUGAUCCCCCAUCACCAAUGACACCCAUAAUGUCCUGUUGGAGUUUAUCGGACAAUAAUGAUAGAAAAGCUUUAAAUGAUAUAGGUGGGUCUAGAGCUCAGCCUAAGAAACUGCAGCGUGACAAGGCAACUGAGAGUGGCUGGGUUACAUUUCUAAGUAAAGACACAGCAAGGAAAGUUAAUAUAUGUCCAAAAGUUACAGCGGUUGCAAAUCAAAGUACAAAAAAGGUCAGUAAGAGACUCAGUACAACACAGAGGCUAAUAAACAGAUCACAUGUCAGACGACCUUUACACACAACCGGGCGCAACUCUGCCCAAUCAUCUACUGGAGGAAGCCAGCAGGGCAGUAAUACAGAAAGAGGCCCGUCUCCUUUUGGUCAUGGUGCCAAUAAAAUUCCACUUAAACUUGCCUCAUUGCUAAAACCUAAAAUAACAAUGGAUAGAUCUGGUUCCGCAGACCUUGGGAGCAUGGAUCCUUCUGCAGCAGACGGACACCAUGUGCCUGCUGGAGCCCAUAAUCUGGCUUCUUUAAUAAAAGCUAAACUCCCUGAGCAACCAGCUACCAAGCCUGCUACCUCUCCCGCUGUGUCUACGUUAACAAAACGUAAAUCCGUUGAUUGGUCAGAACAAGUAGUAGAUAACUCAGCCCCAAAGUCAAAAUUUGGUGCACUUUUUAAAAACAAAAAUACAGAUGAAAAUAGGUCAAAGUCUCCAACACCACCUAAUGUGCAUUCCUCGAUUAAAUCGAAAGGUGAUUCACAAUCAUUGGCUAAACCCCAUUCAGAACCACAAGCAGGUCCUCAGAAUAACCUGAAAACGGUCCCUCAGUCUUUUCCGAGAAGAUCACCUUCCCCAUCAAUGAUGAAAUCACCACUAGGAGGAGCUGCAAGCCUUGGCCAAUUUUUGGAGCUCAAAAUGAGAGGAGGACUAAACACACUGACAAGUCAGAUGUCGUCACUAGCUGCACGUAAUCGUGAUGAUGAUAUGUCACCAAGGAUAGAGGACGAGGAAGAUCAAAUGUAUAACAAAAGUAUUUUCAAAUUUCUUGAUGAAUAUUAUGAAAGUCUGAAGACAGAGGAGGAAGCCAAGAAGAUUAAAGAACAAGACAACAAGUCUCCCUCCAGUACCCCACCCACAACACCAUUACCUGAGAAAAAAAUUAAAGAUAAGAGUGCAAAGAAAAAGAAGAAGAAAGAUAAUACAGAGAAACGGUUGGACCACAAAGUUGCAGUUGCCCUUGGAGAGGAGGAGAAAAUGACGUCAAAAUAUUUACGAGCCAAUGCUCAUCUCAUUAAACCAAAAAGUUCCCCUGCUCUGCAAGACUUCCAAGCUGGGUUGCCAAGCAGCAAGAAGAUCAGUCUGUGUGCAGAUCUACACAACCAGUUUGCAGAAUGUAGAGAAGAGAAGGCUCUUACACUGCAUGAUAUACUGGAUCAUAAAGAAAGUCAGCGUAUGGCAGUGUGUCAGAGUAAGUUUGUAAGUUUACAAGGGAUGCGGCGACAUGGGAGUAGCUUUCAUCGUGCUGUAGAGGAGAUGCGUACUAGGAGCUGGCAACAGUUACGUAAACCUGUAAACGAAAGGAAGAAAUCUGUUUCCAAAGGAAAUUGGUAUACAGACUUGGUGGAGAAAAUACCACAAGAACUAAAACAGGAAUGGUUCUAUGCAAAAAUACUUCAGAAACUUGGAAACUUUGGAUUGCCAUUCCUGCAUCGCAAAGGGAGCUCAAUCGAGAAAGUAUUGGUGGAGGGGACAGGAAAACAAAGUAUUUAUAAGUUUAUCAAAGUACUAGAAGGGCUGAGAGAGUGGGAGAUUUGUAGCCCUGAUAUAACAGCUGCUGUAGAAUUCUGCCGUGAACGUAUCGUUGAAAUGACAAUUGAAGAAUACGAGUCAUGGUUUACUCAACGUUUUCCAAAAGUUACUCGGCCCCAGACAGCACCACCAGCUCCAAAAACUGAGAAGAAAGAUAUCAGUGCAGGAUCUGGGUCAGCAACAUCUCGUAGAAUGGUUCCCAAGCGACCAACACAAUCAGCAUUUACUACUAGAAGAGUUCAGCAUUAAAUCUAGUUUAUAUCUUAUAUAUACAUACAUGUUGUUACAUUUGCUGCAAAUCAAAAUAAGUGUUACUAGUAUAUAGUGAAAUAAUGCAUAUUUGUAGGGGACUUUCUCCCAUGGCUUUGUCAAUCUGUGGAAUUGAAUCCUGACAGAUAAGCUAUUUUAUUCAUUUUUUCUUAAAAAGUUGAAUUCCACAACUUAUGGUCCCUUUGAAAUAGUCAUUUUUGCUGAAGCCACAUUUUAUGUCUCUGUAAUAUUUUUCACAGCAGUAUUGCGAAAUAAAUUUUGUUUGUGCAGGUCAAAUGUUUGUGUAUUUUGAGCUAGGAACAAAUUUUGAUUUAAGACCAUGCUAACAUAUUACCAUUCAGUACAUAAACAGUUAUCUAGAUAUAUUUCUUGCUCUACGAGGGUUGAUCCAGAAAUAAUGUCACCCUAUUUAUUGUGCGUUUAUUUUUCGUUGUAUUAUUACAGAAAUAAGAUAAAGAUGUAGGCUAAUUCAGUUAUAAUUGCAUGGAUAAAUAUUAUUUUCUAGGAUAAUGUUUCGUUCAAAUUUCACCCAUGAUGACAUUUCGCCGCAUGCAAAAAUAGCGUUUCUUUCUUCAACAGUGAAAAACUACCAAACAAAAAUAAUCACCAGUUGACAUCAAAACAACAAACCUACUCGUGAAUAUGUAAUUAUAGUGAUGUGUAGUUACGUCUUUUAGCAGUCAAUCCUGAAAACUGUAGUGGCAUCCUCCUUGCUAAUUGACAAACAUAUUAAUUUCUGACGUCAAUAAGGUUUCUGACGUGCGGUGAAUUUUUUUACCAUGCUUUCUGUGCAUGUUGAUAAAUUGAAAAAAAUUUCAACCACCCGUUUUAUUUGAACCGAUUUUUUGAUAUUUUGUCACACUUUAUGUAAAGGUAGUGUCUGACUCCCAUAUUAAUCAACAGGGCCAUUAAACACGCAGCUUUUAUUGACAGGUACACAAUAUAUUGACAUGUGCUGUACUGACCUAAAAAAAAUUCUUUCUGAAAUUGAAAAUGCAUUAUGAAGUCCAAAUCUGUGACUUAAAGCAUUAAUGAAUUAGAGCCAAGAUUUAAUGAAAAUAUUGAUCAAGAAUGGAAAGCAAGGUUACUGCUAAGUUGUUGUCUUGUGUAGUGAUAAUCUCUUAAAAGGUAGUCACAUUUUUCAGUUUUCAUAAUAUUAUAUUCUGUUAGAGAUUUAUUUAAGAAACAAAAAUACCUAUUUCCCUUAAAGUUGUCUAUUUCUUUUAUUAUCAAUAUAAUUUCUAGUUUUACAUUUGCAUUUAAUAAAUAUUGGGAUAUUUCAACUAUUUGAAACAAAAGGCAAGUUUUAAAUAGCGUGUAGCUUCAGCAUUCAUCUAUUUUCAGUCUAUUUUGGUCCGCAACCAAGAUAGACAAAGGGAGGUAAUAAGUAUUUUAUUAACUUGCAUAUCUAAAUAAUUUUGGCAAAAUAUGUAUUUGUCAAUGCAAAUCUUUGAUAACUUUCAUACAAUAGAGCUUAUAUUUAUGUUUUUCCUUAGGCAAAAUAUGUUUAUUCUAUUUAUACUUAGGCUAAAAUAACUCUAUUUUGGUUGGGCAACCAAGAAAGGAAAAUCAAAUUUUUAGAACAGCCUCAGUGAAAAUCUGAAGUGUAUUAAGAACUUUGUGAAUACAGAUAAAUGUAAAUGAUCAGCUGAUUAAUUAAGUUUUCAAAAUAAUUCUCAGAAACACCAAUCAUUAGAAACUUGACUUUUGCUCGAGUUUUUAAUUAGAGAUCAGGAUUUUGUUUAAGCAAAUAUUAGAAACUCUCGGGGGGUAGCUACUAGUAUGGCUUUAAUUAUGAUAGCUCUGUCUGAAUGAGGUCUUAAUAAUGUUGAAUAGUGGUAAAUAAUUACCAGUAUAUAAUUUUGCCGUAGCAACCCCUACAAAAUACUGAACUUUAAAAUUAUAUGUGCAUAACAUUGUGUUUAUAUGGGUUUUUGUUUGUUGUUUUUUCCUCUUCCUUCAAAACUAAUAAUUUAUCCAGUAGAGUUGCUACAAAUUUUAUAAAAAAAAAAAAAAUGGCAAAAUUAUUUUGUUAUAUUCAUUUCCAAACUAGCCAAAAUAUUGCUUAUUGAAAAUUUAAAGGGGUAUUUAUCUAGAAUUUUAUCUUUUUUUUUUCUUCAGAAUUUAGGGAGGUAUUAGUUUAUAGUAUUUGUAAAAAAUGUACUUCAGGCUGAUUCAGGGUCGUAAAAGCUCUUGUAAAGUCUGUAAACUAUGAACUGACAAUAAUAAAUAAUGUCAAAAUUUGAUGCAGAGUGGAAAGAUCAUCUUUCCUUUAUUCAUUUAAAUUUGUAAAGUAUGUCAACCUUGAAAAAUACAUGUAUAAAUAAAUUUUGAUCUGUUACCAAUUUCGAAAUUGCAAUAUCCAACAGGAUCUGGAGGUUUGGCCACUUUAAAUAGAAAAUUCAAAGAACUAUAAUUAUUGUGUGUGUGUUUUAUGUUCUGUGAAAGAGUUUGUAUUUCUGCGAAAGCCAAAAUAUGCAGGGAGGGGUGGGGAAUACAUGGGGUAUUUUUUGUUUGUUUUUAGCUCACCUGAGCAAUGCUCAGGUGAGUUUUUCUGAUCGCUCGAUGUCCGUCGUCCGUCGUCUGUCAACAUUUAGCUUGUGUAUGCGAUAGAGGCUGUAUUUUUCAAUUAAUCUUCAUGAAUAUUGGUCAGAAUGAUAACCUUGAUGAAAUCUAGGCCGAGUUCGAAAAUGGGUCAUCUCGGGUCAAAAACUAGGUCACUAGGUCAAAUCAAAGAAAAACCUUGUGUAUGCGAUAGAGGCGGUAUUUUUCAAUUAAUCUUCAUGAAUAUUGGUCAGAAUGAUAACUUUGAUGAAAUCUAGGCCGAGUUCGAAAAUGGGUCAUCUCGGGUCAAAAACUAGGUCACUAGGUCAAAUCAAAGAAAAACCUUGUGUAUGCGAUAGAGGCUGUAUUUUCAAUUAAUCUUCAUGAAUAUUGGUCAGAAUGAUAACCUUGAUGAAAUCUAAGCCGAGUUCGAA